AUGCCCUAUAUGCCACCACCUCCUCCAGUGGCUUACGUCCCUCCGCCGGUGUACGUACCUCCUCCUGUCUAUAAACCUAUGCCACCUCCAUAUGUUCCACCACCUAUGCCAGCUCCAUAUGUUGCACCACCUAUAUAUAAGCCUCCCUUCGGGCCAUAUCAAUCGCCACCGUAUGCAGCUGGAGUUCAGGCCGUUGAAGCCGUUCAGCCGGAAACCGCUCCCGCUCCACAAGUGCCAUCGAACAACCUCGAGACCGAAAUGUCAGAAACGUCUGAAAAUGGAUCACCAUCGUUCCGGGCUCAAUCAGGUGGAUCUACUAGAAAUCGAGAAGCAGCCGUCAACAAUCCAUCUUCAUCGCUUAUCGAGAUGAACAACUCAUUCGCCAGGCCUUCGUUCAGUAACUUCCUCAAGGAUGACGGAAACGGCUCUGCCCAAGGAUCGAAUAUGAUGCCAAUGUUGCAGUCUGGAGAUUCUUCAUUUUUCUCCUUGCCUGAUCAACCACUCCUACCAUUACCACAACAAAUGCUUCCGUACGGUUAUCCCCUACUUCCAUACCUCUACUAUCCCGGUCUCUUCCGACGUCCACGAGUGGAAGUGAGACAAAGAGUACGCAACUAUGCUAGAGGAUUUGGACGACCCGGCUUUCCGGGGAAUGGCUUUUCGCCGACAUCGGCUAAUAAUAUAAACGUGAAUGUUGUUACAGGUGGAAUUCCCAGCUCGGGUAUGUCUCCGUUCGGAGGAUCUCUUUUUCCUUACUUAAUGCUCGAGGCUCGUCUGUAUCCCAGUUUUCAACAGUCGAAAGCAGUAAGCAACCGACGAAACCACUACACAAAUAAGGAUUAUACGGGAUUGAAAAGGGUCAAACGAGGACAGGAACCCCUGCCCACGCAGAAUUCCCCAACAACUGGAAAACCUGAAGUUCAGGUUGAUUCGAUGCAGAAUACGCAAUUCUCUGUCUCUGGAUCCGAAGAAAUCGUGGCUGACGAAAGUGUUAGCUACGAAAUGAGCCCUACUGAAAUGCAAAUAUCCAUGGGACAGCCUCAGGAAAUAGUGACCAGUCGCAAGAUCAUUCAGUACGUGAGCCCUGACAACAUGCAAUUCUCUAUGGGAACUCCUGGUGGAAAUGAGACCAACACACAAGUCUUCACUUAUCAGAUGAAUCCUGGUACACUAGUUAGACGUACAAUCAAAGUUGUGACAGAGAAACCCGUCAUUCAUCGGUACAAAGUGACGUAUAAUCAGGGCGGUGGUUUCAAUCCGGCAGAUCUGAAGAAAAUGUUGCAAAAGGCUUACGGAGGACAGGGUUUUACUAUACAGCAAAGUGGAAUACCUAGCAGUGUUGGAGUUGGGAACCCAUCCGGGAUGUAG